AUGAGUGUUUAUACUUUUUUAGAAGCACAUCAACGACUUCAGCGACAACAUCAACAUCAACAACAUCAUCCACAUCAAGCAGCACUUCAACAACAAGUACAACAUCAACUACAUCAACAACUUCAACAACAUCUACAACAAGCACUACAUCAACAAGCACAUCAACAACAAGCACAACAGCUACAACGACAACUCGAAAACGUUACGGAUCCAAUUAAUUGGCCAUUAAUUGGAACAAUUAUCGGUGUUCUGAGUCUUUUUGCUUUGACUGUAAUUUGCUUUUGUUGUUGUCGUUAUUGUUGUGUCCUUGGCAAUCGUUUAUAUGGAUUUAAAGAAGAUGGUAACAAUGAAUUGUAUCACAUUGAUCUAUGUACUGAUCCCAAUUGUUAUUGGACAAAUAUCUCCAUCUCAUCGAGUGCUUUUACACUUUCGGGAGAUAAACAUAAUCGUUAUCGAAUAUUGAAUGAAAGUCCAAUUAGUAGAACGACAUUAUCAAGUUCAUUGAGUAAUACGAAAGAUUGUUUAGUUGAAGAUGCAGAUGAAACAGAAUUAGUUGAUUUUCGAGCUGAUAGUUUUCUUUCAAUGACCGAAGAUCGACCAAUAUCGAAUGUGUCUGUUCAAAAAGUUAAAUACAAUGAACGAAGCAAUGGAAGUGGAAAUAUUCAUAUAAUCAAAUCACCUCUUCGUCCAUCGAGUAAUGAGAAAGAAAAAUUACCCACAGAAAACUGUACAAGUGCUGGAAGCGUUAAAGUAUUUCGCGUCAAAUCAUUAGUACCUUUGAAAAUGUCCAAGACAAAUGAUCCAAAAGAAGGAACAGCUUCAAAACCUCAAAGUGUGGAUACGGUAAGAAUUACGCAUGUUAAUAACCUCCUACUGCAACGAUCAGCUGACCCUUUGGUCGAUCAAAAAUUGAAUAAUUCGAGUAAUAACGAACCAAUUCAUUCAUCAGCAAAUCCAAAGAAGGAUAAUGUCAUAAUAACACGUGUCCUGGCAGACCAAUCGUUGAAAGAACCACAUAGUUCUCCAUCAUCUGCUAUUCGUACAAUUAUAGCACCACCAACUAUGUCUCCGACGACUAUUUCGGUAUCUUCUGCAUCGAAUAAACCUGAAAACCAGUCACGAAAUGUAGUUCGAGUUGAUCGUUUACCAACUGAGAGACAAAACUCGGAUUUACACGGUGCUUCCACAUCGAAAACAUCGAUUUCUCCAGUCUCAAAUAAACCAAAAGUCGACUCAGCAAGUUCAACACGUGUCAUUCACGUCCUAAGCGAAACGCCAAAAACCAAUUCAAGGAAAAGUAACGACUUUUGGAUGACGAAUCUUUCGAUAUCACCAUUAUCGGAUAAGCCAAAUAGUGCAACGAAAAAUCCAGUUCGUAUUGAACACGUUUCUAUCGAGAAAGAAACCGAUAAUAAACAGAAACAUACGGAUGCAAAUGUAUUGAACAAUUCAACUGUACAACAGAAGAAAAAACAACAACAACAAAAGAAUCGAGUGGAAUCGGGUGUUUCAGUUGAACGAGUACAAAGAAUAGAUGUAGAAAAAUCUCCAUCAAAUAUUUAA